AUGGAAAACAAAUUCGAAGGUGUAAAUUCUGAUUCAACUUCAUCUUCAUCAUCAUCGAAUUGUGGGUUUAAGGUUAAAAGAAGUAGGGGUAAUGAAGAAGAUGAAGUUAGUUUUAAGAAGGCGAAAUUUGUAUUGCCCGAAGGGUUUCUUGAACCACUUGAUGAUCAGGAAAUAUUAGCACCACUUCCAUUAUCCGUCAGGAUGCCUGAUUCUGGCAAAACUAUUCAAUUCUCAGUUCCACCUUUACCGUACAGUAAGCAGUUUUGGAAGGCAGGGGACUACGAAGAUAUUGCAUCAACCCGCAGAGGAGGCGGCGCCACCACUUUAAUCGAGGGCAUGGAUCAUGUCAGAGUGCAUCCGAGGUUUCUGCACUCCAAUGCCACAAGUCAUAAGUGGGUUCUUGGUGCGGUUGCAGAACUGCUCGAUAAUUCAAUAGACGAGGUGAGCAAUGGUGCUACUUACUGCAAUAUUGAUGUGCGAUUGAAUAAGAAAGAUGGUUCCAGGAUGUUGGUGGUGGAAGAUAAUGGCGGUGGCAUGUCUCCAGAAAGAAUGCGACACUGUAUGUCUCUCGGGUAUUCUGCAAAAAGUAAAUUGGCGAAUACGAUUGGUCAGUAUGGGAAUGGUUUUAAGACUAGUACAAUGAGGUGUGGAGCUGAUGUUAUUGUGUUUUCGCGGUGUCCUGGAAAAGAUGGAAGAAGCGCUACUCAAAGCAUUGGGCUGCUGUCUUACACAUUCCUGACAAGCACUGGCAAGGAGGAUAUUGUAGUUCCCAUGCUUGAUUAUCAAUGGGAAGGGAAUCAAUGGAGCAGGAUAUCUUCGCCUUCAGUCGAUUCGAAGAAGAAUGUUGAAACAAUAGUGCAGUGGUCUCCUUACGUAAGUGAAGCCGAUCUUUUGCAGCAGUUCAAUUUGAUUAAAGAUCAAGGUACUCGGAUAAUCAUAUACAAUCUUUGGCAAGAUGAGGCCGGUGAUCUCGAGCUUGAUUUCGAAUCUGAUGUUCAUGACAUUCAAAUUAGAGGCGUCGACAGAGACGAAAAGAAGAUACAAAUGGCAAAGGAUUAUCCUAAUUCCAGAAUCUUUUUAACUUACACACAUUCAUUGAGGAGUUACUCUUCCAUUCUGUAUCUCAGGCGUCCACCAGGCUUUCGGAUCAUUUUGCGCGGUAAGGAUGUCGUGCACCACAACCUUGUGGAUGAUAUGAUAAAGAAAAAAGAUGUCAAUUACAAACCAACUGGUGUUGACAGUGCUGAGGUGAACGCAAAUAAGGGAGUGCUAGGAAAAAUGGGGUUCCAUAAGGAUGCGGAAGCACAUCUUGACAUCCAGGGGUUCAAUGUGUAUCACAGGAACAGACUAAUCAAGGCAUUCUGGAGAGUCUGGAACGCUGCAUCAAGUGGAGGCCGUGGGGUUAUAGGUCAGCUGGAAGCUAACUUUGUCAAGCCAGCACAUGACAAGCAAGAUUUUGAGCGAACCGUCGUGCUUUCGAGACUGGAGACGAAAUUAAUGAAUUUGCAGAAAAGUUACUGGAAUGAGAACAAACGUUAUAUUGGUUAUGUUGACUUGAAAGUGAACGAUACGCCGGUAAAAGGGAAAUCACCAACUCGACCUGACUUGUCGAAUUCCAACUCUCCGGCCAAGGAGAUUCCAACCCCAGAUAUGGAGAAGUGUAACACCCAGGCUAAAAGAGAGACACAAAGAUCUAUGAAUAAUAUGGGUACAAGAACUGUCGAGAAUGGAAAAGAACCAGUUGUCAAUCACAAGGAGAAGCCAGUUGAGCAGAACUUGGCCAAGAAUGUAAUUUAUGCAAAAGAAUCAGGUGUCUGUCAGAUGGAGAAGCCAGUUGUGCAGAACUUGGCUGCAAAAAGAAAUGAAGAAGUAGCUGAUUCGGGUACGACUUACGUGGAUAAUAAUCGCAAAAGGAAGAACAGAGAAGAGCAUACAAGCGAACCGAGCGAUAUGAAUUGUAAACGAGUCAGUGCUAGAGUGCCUGAAGAUCAAAUAAAGGUACCUCCCCAGGCAUAUGCAGCUCUUGUACGUGAAUUGCAAGUAGAGAAUCGUGAAUUGAAAGAGAGGAUUAAAGAACUCGAGGAGAAGCACCAAGAGAAAUGCCGAUCCUUGGAAGCUCAACUUGCAGAAUCAAAGGAGAAGUUUGAGGAACUGAACAAAGAGCAAGAGGCGCUUAUUGAAAUAUUUGCAGAGGAAAGGACUCGACGAGAUGCUGCAGAAGAAAACUUUAAGAACAAAUUGAAGGAUGCAUCUAAAACCAUACAUGAGCUGCAGGACAAGCUUUCCAGUUUUGAGAAGAACCAGUAA